GAAUGAAUUAUAUUUGGAAAUAGCAUACGUUAUGUGACAUUUUCAGGAUAAGGAUGAAGUGAGAGCGAAAGGAUAACCUUAUUCUAUAUAAUAUUUUGUCAUUUUUUAAAACUAGCUCAAAAUGUCGAUUAAUCAAUUGGUCAACUUACCUUCAACGUUCUUAGAGUUUCUUAGUUUUUCAUCGCAGUGGUACAAUUAGUGAACAGCCGAGUGAACGUACGAGACCACCGGCAAAAAUUUAUUCAGUAAGUAAACCUGGGAAGAAACUGAAUUUUUCAUUGGUUGUUGAUGGUUCAGAUGUCUCACCGUCGUCACAUCCAGUGAAACAAUUGAAAGAUCAAUAUAACGAUCGGUAUGUUGAACACUUACAACUACAAAACAAAUGCGGAAAACUAUUAGAUGAUUAUAAUUUAUUACGUGCAAAUACGCUACCCGCUCCUAAUAUUGAAGCUAUAGAAUGGAUAUGUGAAUUACGUAACUUUUUUGUUCGUGAAAAAGUAACUCCAGAGCAGUUGGCUGAAUUUGAACAGCUGCUCGGUUUAGACAGUGAUUUACUGCUACAUUCAUGUCAGAAAAGAAGUAUUACUAGUGCUGCUCGUGAAAUAUUUCGUCGAACUCAUCCCGAUAAAGAAAAGAGAAAAAAGAUACAGCCAACGGAUGUUUCAACGAUGUACAAAGAUGCACUUGCCGGUAAGCAGAGCGAUAGUAAUCGGGCAUUUUCUCGUUCGUCGGUGCGUACGGACAGAAAUGCUGGGAAUGAGCGACAAGAAAAACGAAAACAGAUGAAUAAUGAUGGCCAUGUUAGUGAUAAUGCCGAUCUACAAGGUGAUAGAAAAAAAUCGAAAAAACAUUAG